GAAGACUUAGAGCAGUUCUAGAAUAAAUUAUGGAAUGCAGAGGGGGAGGGUUAUCGCAGAAAGCUGAUGGCGAAAAACCUUUAUAGCACUGUACAAAAAACUUAAUUAGUCAAAAGAAAUACCUUUUAAUAACUUAUUAAUCGCUAUGCUUGUUCAACGACCCCCAAUUGCAUCGGAUCAGCCAAAUCAUAGUUUUUUCUAUGUGGCGAGUAUUCCAAUGGACCCGCGGCAGGACGAAGUUUCUCCGGUGGAAGUCUAUAAAGAACUGGUCAAUGCACAUUCUAAAAUACUAUCGCAGUCGAUGACUUUUUCAUGGAAAUACGUAAAUCAGCCUUCAGUGGGAACUCGUUUUAUUUAUAUGCAUAAUAAUUUAAUGAGAAAUUCUCCUACGGACGGUUACUUUUGGCCGAAUAUGCCUGCUACUCAACUUCUAAAGAAUAAAGGAAUUAAUGCUUUAAAAGUUUCCAAGCAUACUGGUGGUUUCAGCGCAACCACCAAAGGCCUUACGAAAAUUUGCUACAAGCUUAUUGGAGAUAGCCUUUUUGUUCUGGAAUAUGUUCAGUAUCUUUCUACCGCUCGGCCAAUUGACACUUUCACUGCAAGACCUCUUCGAGAUGGUUUCAUCGAAGAAAAAAGUAGUACUUUGAGUUUAUCGCAAAGCAGCUUGCCAGUACUGACGGAACCGAAAAUGCCGAAGCGCCCAUUCCAGCUUUUUUUCAAGUGGAACAAAAAAAAGUACAAGGGUGCAGCGACUGUAGAAGAAUGUCUGGCUGAAUGGAAUUUACUGAGCUUAGAAGAGAAGCAGAAGUGGCAUCUUGAGGCAGUGCGAUUAGCCACGCGUUACAAAGCAGAUUUUGAAUUGUGGCGUAUAAGAUCCAAUAUAGCGAACUAUCCAGGAACCGCUAGCACUUUGGGCUACGCACGUCAUACCAUGGGGAGGAGGGCCUUCAAGAUUCUUACUCAAUUGAGAUACGACCGAAAUAAUAACUUUUUUCAAGAAAUUCUUACUCCUUUUAACGUUGAUCGCGACGAUUCACGCGACGAUGAAGAGCUGGAGAACCAACGUGAGGAGAUCUGCGCUGUUGUCGCUCGUUCUCUGCAGCAUUCGGAGCGCUAUAAGCAGAAGACUAGCUGCCUUCCUUCCCUGCAGGAGUUAACGGUAAAUAGUAUUGUGUACAGGGAGCACGUGUGUUGUGUAUCGGGCAUGCCCAACAUAGGACAACAGCACGUGGUCUUUCGAUGUGAGGGCGCCUACUUUUUUCCAACCCAGUAACCACUGUGUCGCGGCGGAAUACGACGAAUCGCCGAACUACAUCUGUCUCUGAGGAGUCUUUA